UAUUGCCUAAUCUAAAAUAUUUUACUAUUAAAGAAAAUACGCACGGUCGUGCGGGUCAAGAUCUAGUUCUUCUUUAAAGAAGGAAAAAACUUUUAUACUCUUGCUUUAUAGAUAUAUAAAUAUAAAUAAUUAUUUAAAUAAAUAAUAAUUUUUUAAUAGCUUUCAAUUUUUUUUCUCAAGUUUUCUUUUCGAAAUUGUUUUUAAAACUAUUUUAAUAUUUUAAAAAGAUUUAAGUAUUUAUUCAUAUAUUUAUUAAAAUCCUAAACCCCACUUUACAAAACCUCAUCCCAAAACUCUAAAUCUUAAGCCUAUAAGUUAACCGUAAGAUUAUAAGUGUAUAUUUAUCUCUUUAAAAGUGAGGGUAAAUGUGAUUAACAUAAACAUAAAAAGUUUUUUAGAUAUAUAAAUAUAAAUAAUUAUUUAAAUAAAUCAUAAUUUUUUUUAUAGCUUUCAAUAUUUUUUCUCAAGUUUUCUUUUCGAAAUUCUUUUUAAAACUAUUUUUAAAAUUUAAAAAUAUUUAAGUAUUUACUCAUAUUUUUAUUAAAAUCCUAAACACCACUUUACAAAACCUCAUCCCUAAACUCUAAAUCCUAAGUCUAUAAGUUAACCUUAAGAUCAUAAGUGUAUAUUUAUCUCUUUAAAAGUGAGGAUUAAUGUGAUUAAGAUAAACAUGAAUUUAGGAAUGUGGUAGUUUAAGAUUUUUUCUUGAAUUUGAUAUAAAUAUGUAAAUUAAAUUUAUUUGGAAUAUACUGCAAUAUAUGAAACUAAAUCAGUUAAAGAAUUUAAUGCUAAAAUCUAGCCUCAUAUAUAUAUAUAUAGUUUAGUAAAUAUACAAUUUAAUAUCUAUAUCCGGAAGAUAAAAUUUCAUAAAAAUAUCCUAACUAAAUUUUGUUAAUUUCUUAAUACCCAAAUUCUUUUCUUACCUGGUUUAAUAUCCAAACUAAUUAUUUAACUUUUUUAAUACAUUUAUUUUUAAAAUUGUGUUCAUUUUAAUACCCACAAUAUGUUCAUUAUAAUGAAAAUAUUAAUAAGUGUUCCAAAGACACUUAAUAUAUCUCUAAAUUUAAAACAAAGAAUCUUAAAAAAUUCAAUUUUUAUUUCAAGUUUAAGAAUAAUAAGAAAUAAUUUUUUGGAUAAUUUUUUUAAAGAAAAUAAUUCUGAAAAAUAUAAAUAAAUUAGUUUUAAACUGAAGAAAUAUGGUUCUAGUCAUUCAAAUAACUUUUCACUGAUUCUUACUAAAGCAUCGAUCAAGUUCUGAAUUCUUCUCUCAUCGUUCAUACUUGAUGGUGUAAAGCUUCUUAUCUUUUUAAGUUUGGCAUAAAACCAUUAGACCACCAUUAACCGAAACUCUUAAGUAGGUUCUUAGAUUAAUUUGUAAUUAAAAAAAAAACGAAAAACAACAAUUACUUAAGAGGUGGAUAUUAGAUAAGGGCUGGAAGAACCACCUCUUAGGAGACACGUGUUAUAAUUUGAGAGAGUUUUGAGUUUAUCUCUUCUCUCUCUCGAUUCAUCACUUCACCUUUCUGUAUGUUGAUCUCCUCCAUCGAUUCAACACUCCUGGCCAAUGUAGGAGAUCGCGGCAAGAGCGGCGGGAUUCCAGCCGAGAGAAGGAGGCUUCCGGGUUUGGGUUCGCGGUUGAGGUAGACCCGAUGGGGAACGAAUCUGGGUACGGGAGUGAGCCUGGGUACAAAGGAGAUGUUGAGCUUGGUUAUGGUGAUGAGUACGAUGAUGAAGAAGAAGACGUGAAACUAUUGUUUUGGGGAGCUAGUAACUUUGCGAUCAUUUCUUCAGACGCUCCUGCUUUUGCUGUUGUCUUGAACUUCCUGCUCUCUUUAGCUGUUCCUCUGUUACUCUUUAGAGCUGAUCUGCGCCGUGUGGUUCAGUCCACUGGAAAGCUUCUCUUGGCUUUCUUGAUUGGAUCAACUAAGAACCAAACCUGUUUAUGUACAAGUACAAGGGAUGUUUACUUUUUAAGUAUCUAUGCUUGAUCAUUUCCUGUUUCAUAAUAGUGAAGUUAUGUUAUUGUAUGUUCCGGUUGUGUAAUGUAUUUGUUUAAGUUUGUGUUUCUUGUGAUGGACUUAUUGUCAUUAUAAAAGUCCGUAUAGAGUUAAAGAGUUGGUGGCA